GCCAGUCGAUGGUUGCCGUGCCGUGUCAGUACUCAGUAGUGUCGGUGUCAGUGUUGUAGUGUGGCCAGUGUUGCCGGGACUGUGUUGUGACGAUGCUGCCUGUAGCCGCGGUGUUGCUGUUUGUAGCCCUAGCCUCCUCCAACUCUACGUCUCCCCCCGACCCACAACCUACAGUCACCCCGUGUGACAAACUAGCCACCUACCGUGUCGUGCUGCACACCUUCUGGACUAGGGAUCUGUUCCCCAAACACUACCCCGAGUGGCGACCGCCGGCUCAGUGGAGCAAACUCAUAGGCAAGUCCCACGGCAGCAGCUACUCCCUGUUUCGUCUCAGCCAGAAAGCGUCCCCCGGGGUGAAGGCGUUCUCGGAGACAGGACGGUCGGACCUGCUGGAGGCUCCAGGACCAGGGGUGUUCGAUGAGUUUGUAGCUCCUGCCAUACCUUCCGGAGCGGGUCGCACCGAGGCACAGUUCUUCCUUGACGGCAACAAUUCUCGAGUGUCACUGAUGUCUCGCAUCAUACCUUCCCCUGACUGGUUCAUUGGCAUCGACUCCUUCGACCUCUGCGUGGACGGCAACUGGCUGGACACCAUCACUAUUGAGGUUGAUCCGCUGGACGCAGGGACGGAUAAUGGAUUCACGUUCACCGCCCCUAACUGGGCGACGUCACCUCAGGGCGUGAUCUACCGCAUCACCAGCCGCUACCCCUCACACCCGGCGGGCUCGUUCUACUACCCCUACCUCAAGCGUCUGCCGCCCAUCGCCACCUUCCAGUUUAUCAAGAGCCGAGAAUACGAACUAAACGAAGUUUUCCACCACUCGGAGGACGACAAGAGGUACGAGCUGGUUAAGCUGGACACUCCUAACAGCAUCAGCGUCCUCAACAGCAACGACGACGUGCAACUGGAGAUGGAGGCAGAGCGACGGGAACAAGAACAGAGGCUGCAGCAGCGACUGGCCACACAAAAUACAAUAGCUCGAACGAAUGCCUUCAUUAGACACGCUAGAAAGAAUAGAAGGAGAGGAUUUAGACGGAAACAAAGGUUACCAGUGUCGCCCUUAACAGCGACGCCCCCCGCCCCCCUGGCCCCCGGGGUUAUUCACUCGGGGGACAAGGACGCUCUGCUCAACAGCAUUGUGGAGACCUAUCACAACAGAGAGGUCCACAAACCAAGGAAAGGCCGAAAAUAUAGUGAGUGGGACCUCUUCAAGCAUGGAGGGUCCAGAGACUGCAGAGUGGGCGAGUGGGGAGAGUGGGGCUCGUGCAGCAAGUCAUGUGGGGUGGGUGAGAUGGCACGGCGGCGAGAAGUGGUGAAGCACGCACGGCGCGGAGGCAAGGUAUGUCCUCCUCUGGUGGAGACCAAGUGGUGUGGCAGCGCUCAGGACUGUCACUAUAGCAACAGCUGGUAGGCCACCAACACAGCUAUCAGCACGAUGUAUCUGCACUGUGGAGGUCGCCACUCGCCGUCACCGCCGCACUCCGCAUAGUCGCUGUAUCAUACACUGAGCCGCGUCGGCCACUGCCAUGCUCAUUCCUUAGGUUAACCAAACAAGACCUCUUGUAACUUGAGUUGUUUGAUUCGUUAUAGUCUGAUUUUCAAGACUUUAGUAUGAGAGAUGUUCGGUGUGCACCUGUAAAAUCUGAAUGUAUAGCAAUAUUAUUCGAAGCCAAUAACAGAAUGUGUACGAAAAACAGCCUUCGACGCACCAGCGCUCUUAUUAUAGUGUGUCAAAGAGUUGUUACUACUAUGUAUCAUUAUCAUAUUAACAUAUUACUUUGGUUUUACGUCAUACUUCAAUGAAAUUGUGAGCAUCUUAUCCAGUAUUAUAACAUUUCAGAAUCCAAGUAAUCCAGGUUAAACAUGUUUCCUAACAAAAUGUUUUUUCUGUGAAAUACAAUUUGUAUGAAUUUUGUUGAGCAAAAAAGAUGGUAAAUUUUGGCCCAGAAAAGCCAUUCUCUAAUGAAGGACAAUUUAUUAAAACUGUACCAUACACAAUAUCUUGUUUGAAGACACAUUGGUGCACUUUUUUUAAGGAUAUUGUUUUAGAGAGUCUUUUAAAGUCUAUAAAAUAUAUGAUCACUAGUUUUUAGGCAUAUGUGUAAAUACAAUGUUAUGGAUAAGAGGGUUUCAGACCAUCUUUAUUGUAUGUAAUAUUUUUAGGAAAAGUAAGAUCUAUUUUGGUAACGAGGUAAAUUUCUACAUCCUUGUGUAUAUACUUGUUUACCUGUUCAUGUAAGAUUGUAAUAUGACAUUACGUUUUCUAUACACACGCUUACGUUAUUCCUAGCUAUCCUCAAUCAUUUGAGGAUUAUAAGAAUAAUGUAGCUCACUAAUCGCCAUAUCAUCUUUGAACACCUUCAGUAAAUAUGCCAUCCAUACAUUUCGAAAUUAAAUAUAUGUACUUUAUAUUGGCUCUUGGAAGUUCCUUUUCCAAAUGUCAACAACUUUUAAAGCAACAAGUUUGAAUGCGUGCAUUUUGUUUCCAUCUAGCUUAAAUGUCUUGUAUUAUUAUAUUAUAAGUGCAUAAUCUGUUUGAUCUUUUUUAUUAAAAUACAUAAAAACCGUUUGUUUGGCAUAAAGUCCCUAGACAUCG